GAUUACAAAAUUAAAAUGCGCAAGGAAUUUGAAAACAUCAGACAACAGAAUCAGUCAAAUCGCAAGGAACUCUGGGAUGUGGUCUCUUUCCUUCUCAUCGCCAUCAUGGCUCGGGGUCCAAAGAAGCAUUUAAAGCGCUUAAAUGCACCGCAUCAUUGGAUGCUUGAUAAAUUGUCUGGUAAAUUUGCACCACGUCCAUCCACUGGUCCCCAUAAACUGCGUGAGUGUUUGCCUUUGAUUGUUUUUCUGAGGAACCGCCUCAAGUAUGCACUCACAUACGAUGAGGUGAAAAAGAUUCUUAAGCAGAGGUUGAUCAAGGUUGAUGGAAAAGUUAGGACUGAUGUCACAUACCCAGCAGGCUUUAUGGAUGUCAUCUCCAUUGAAAAGACUGGUGAGAAUUUCCGCCUGUUGUAUGAUGUGAAAGGUCGCUUCACUGUACACCGUAUCACUGGUGAAGAAGCCAUGUACAAGCUAGGUCAAGUGCGACGUGUGGCCACUGGUGCCAAGGGUGUGCCCUACCUUGUUACCCAUGAUGGGCGUACCAUCCGCUACCCCGACCCUCUGAUCUCUCUGCAUGACACUGUGGUAAUAGGAAUCAAGACUGGGAAGAUCAUGGACUUCAUCAAGUUUGAUACAGGAAAUCUGGCCAUGGUUGUUGGUGGACGCAACAUGGGCCGAGUCGGAAUUGUUACUCAUCGUGAGAGACACGCAGGUUCAUUUGACAUUGUCCAUGUGAAGGACAACACUGGCCAUCAGUUUGCCACACGUAUCAGUAACAUCUUCAUCAUUGGCAAGACCAACAAGCCACAUGUAUCCCUGCCUAAGGGUAAGGGUGUCAGGCUCACUAUUGCUGAGGAGCGAGACAGAAGACUGCAGGAGAAGGCCAAAAUGAGCUCCAUGUAAAAUUGUUACAGAAGGACCACAAAUAAAAGUUCCGCAAAUAAUAACACCUUA